AUGUUCGACUGGCCACGUGUGCUCCCAAUUGGAUCCAUGCUGGGUAAAAUGCAAGAAAAGCUCAAGAUGAGCCCACUAGAGCUACGGAGUCCCUACAAAUUGGCUGUGGUGUUUCUUGGGCUGCUGUGUGUUCUCCUUUUGGCUGUCAUCAUCAUAGGGCUGUGCAUCAAAACUGAAGAGGCAAGACAGCUACAGCUUCGCUACAACAACCUGACUGAAGAGAAAGACCAGUUAGAGAUCCUUAAUAACAACUUGACUAGAGAGAAUAAACAGCUACAGCUUCGCUACAACAACCUGACUGAAGAGAGAGACCAGUUAGAGAUCCUUAAUAACAACUUGACUAGAGAGAAUAAACAGUUACAUGCCAGAAAAACCAUGCUGAGCAAACUUGAAUCACAUGACAUGAAGAGAAUAAAAAGUCAUGCAGUGGAUGUGACUCUGGAUCCUGAUACAGCACAGACCUAUCUCAUCCUGUCUGCUGAUGGGAAACAAGUGAGACAUGGUGACACACGACAGAAUGUCCCUGACAACCCCAAAAGGUUCAGUCCUAAUGGAAAUGUCUUGGGAAAACAGGGGUUUUCUGCUGGCAAAUUCUACUAUGAGGUUCAGGUCAAGGGGAAGACUGCUUGGGACUUAGGGGUGGCCAGAGAGUCCAUUAGUAGGAAGGGGGCCAUAACUCUGAGCCCUGAGAAUGGAUUUUGGACAAUAUGGCUGCGUAAUGGGAAUGAGUAUAAAGCACUAGCUGGUCCCUCUGUUCCCCUCUCCCUGAAAGAGAAGCCCCAGAGGGUGGGGGUGUUUGUGGAUUAUGAGGCAGGUCUGGUCUCCUUUUAUGAUGCAGACUGUUGGUAUCAUCUCUACUCUUAUGCUAAUGUUACCUUCACUGAGAAACUUUACCCAUUCUUCUCUCCUUGGCUUAAUGAUGGAGGCAUGAACUCCGCUCCUCUUAUCAUCUCCUCAGUUCAUAUCUGCCCUAUCAAGUAAUGUAGAAUGAUGGUGGAUGUUUCAUUAAAGUCAGACUCCAGCAGUUUAUUACACACCUUAAACUCUCUGUUCAGAAGGUUAUUUUUUCAUAGAAAAUCUUGCUGCUUAUUUUGCUUUGCUCAUUAUUUCUCUAUAUUAAAAUAAACAAGAUACUUUUUCAUAUGCUAAGCCCUGUUCUUAUUUAGAGAUCUUAUUCAAAUUAAUCUCAGUGCUUUCAUAAACCAAUUUGUAUUUGCAGAUGUCCCUGAUUAUUAUCGUAUAAAUUGUGUUGUGACACAACUCAUUUACAGUGCACUGGGUACUGAGGGUUACACAAAAUACCCAAGCAGUGGUAAUCAAGUAACACCAUCUGAGCUUUUACAGAAAUCUUGUUAACCACAAUGCUAGACAAUAAUAGAGUGUACUGUAUCAGUGUUUUUUUUAGACCAUGAUUGAUAAGCAAUAGACAUUUUAGAGUAAUUCAUGUAUAUACUGCAGUGGUUUAUGCUUGCUUGUAUAGUACUCAAAUCAUAGAGUAUAAAUAAGGAUUCAGAUGCAUUGUUAUAAAUAUAUUUUAUACCACAUCUUGGUGAAUAA